GCUCCGCUUUGCUGGCUGCCCCUUAAAUGGUUACAGUGUGUGGUGAGCGGAGCCAAUUUGUCAAAGCCAGGGGCACCUCAGUCUGCCAGGCUCGCUCUUCCAGAAGUAAACAGUUUCAUGAGGCACGAUGGAGACAGGGAAGGACAGGGUGCUGGGCAGGCCACCCUUGGGGCUGGUGCCUCCAGGCAGAACAAACAGCUGGAGGCCCAGACACUGCCUGCGUCUGUCCAUCUGUCCAGGAUGGCGCUGCUCCCUGUGUGCGUCAGCCAGAGAAGGACCCUCCGUCCCUAGAUGCCGCCAUCCAGCAUGCCUUGGCUGGCCUCUAUCCCCCUUUUGAGGCCACAGCACCUACGGUCCUGGGUCAGGUGUUCCGGCUCCUGGACUCUGACUUCCGGGGAGACGGGUUGAGCUUCCUCUUGAAUUUCCUGAUCCCUGCCAAGCGCCUGUGUGAGCAAGUUCGCGAAGAAGCCUGUGCCCCCUACUCCCACUGCCUCUUCCUGCACGAGGGCUGGCCGCUCUGCCGACGGGACGAGGUCGUGGUCCACUUGGCACCGCUCAAUCCCCUCUUGCUGCGCCAGGGUGACUUCUACCUCCAAGUGGAGCCCCAGGAGGAGCAGUCGGUCUGCAUGAUGAUCAAACGCCUCUCCCUGGACCUCCGCACGGUGGACAAGAGGCCCGUCCCCGAGUCAUCCUACCCUAUGAUUUUCACCCAAGAGUGGCUGGAGGCCAUCAACAGUGACUUUGAGGGAAGUCCCUUACACCACUGCCUGGUGGCUUCCGAGAAUGGGAUUUCCCCUGUGCCUUGGACUAAGAUCGCCAGCCCAGAGUUUGUGGAUGACAGACCCCCAGCUGCGAGCGUCCCCUCCCCAGCCUGGGGCUCCCUGCAGUUAGAGGCACUGGAUCUGAGCACCCGCCAAGAGCUGCACCAGGCCAGCUCCCCAGGCAGCCAGAUGCUUCUUGUCCCGAGUUUGGCCAAGAGCAGGGGCAGGACGUCUGGGGACAAAUAUCCAGGCCUCAUCAAGGUGGAGCAAGCCAGGCCUGGGGAGGUGGCCCUCAGGAUGGACAACAUGGACAGCCAGGGCUUGGCAGGAGACUACGUGGCUCUUCUGGACCCUUCCCAGGAAAGCAGAGGAGGGUCUCCCACUAAGGAGCUGGGGACACCUAGUGGCUGUACUUUGGGGGCACUGGAGGAACUAUCUAGAACUAAGGAAAUUCCUCUGUCCCAAGGACUACUGCUCCUCUCUGAGUCCAGUCGGGGCCCUUCCUUGGGAAAAUGGGCUUGUGUGAAGCCAGCCAGCCCCGAGGGGGAACCCUGUGUUUUGGGCUCCAGGAGGAAGAUCAAGAGCAAAUCGCCUGCCCACGACUCAGACCCACAGCCCCAGGGACCCUGCCUCAAUGUCCUCAGGGAGCCACUAGACUGUGACUCUGGCUUCAGGGCAGGCGUCUCGGAACAGAUGGCUGCCCCCAAGGUACAGGGACCUCUGGGAAACCCAGAAACCACGGUCCAGCCCAGCCCCGGACCAAGGCAAACGUCCUCUCCCUACUUGUCCCCAACUGCCCCCGCUACCCCAGCCUCUGACACAAAGAUGGACAAGACCAAGCGAGAAAGCGGGAGACGUCCCCAGCCCAUGACGCGCUCCAGCCGAAACGCCUCCUCCUCCAGGUCUCCCAUUCCCGGACUCAAAGUCUCCUUCUUGAAGGGGCAGAGGCAAUCCCCGGUGCCCACGGAGAAAGCCUCGCUCCAGCAGGAUGGGCCUUGGAGAGCCCUGUGCUCACUCUACCCUCCUAAACCCACCCGAGCCAAAUCCCCGGGGAAAGAUGGAACAACUCACACCAAAACAUCUGGCCCUCCCGCUGACUCAGACCCACAGACUGGGGGAGAGGCUGGCUUCUCGGAACCUUCUGAAGGCCACCCAGGAAGAGGCCCCAGCCUGCAGGAAGAGUCCCCCGGGCCCGUGCCCAGGACUGGAGCCCUGGGUGUCGAGGUUUUCCACUCCAGGAUAGCAUGCCUGCCAGGCAGCCGAGACAGGAAGGGGCGGCCCCUGCUUCUGGUGUCCACCGCAGAGGCAGCCUGGGAGGCACCGUGGUGCUCGGCCUCCGAGGUCACCAAGCUGCUCUCGUACCUGUGCGGCGUCCCCAGGCCCGAAGACAAAGCCAAGGGGCUGGUGGUCGUGGUGGAUGCCAGGAAUCAGCCCCCACAGCCUGAUCUGGUCAGCGCCCUUCAGGCCACCCAGGCUCUGGCCCCGGCCCCGCUCUGCAGCCUGCUCUUCCUGGGGGAGAAGGAGGAUGCCCUCCAGCUGCAGGCCGUACCUAACGUCCAGAUGGAGGUGCUGACCUCACUGAAGGCCCUCAGCCACCACGUGGACCCCAGUCAGCUGCCAGCCGCCCUGGAAGGCCCCUUCCCCUACUGUCACAGCGAGUGGGUGCAAUUCUUCCAGAAGAUGGACCCCUUCCUUGCUGACCUGCGCCAGGCCUCGGCUCUGCUGCGGGCUUCCAUCGAGGCGUUGGAGAAGGGGGACCCCCCUGGCGGGGUGCAGGACGCUGCCAGGUGCCUGAGCAAGUCCCAGGAGCUGAUGGAGGCGGUGCUGAAGGACCCGGGCCUGCUGGGCCUGCAGCGCGAAGGUGGAGCCACCCUGGCCGGGCUGCAGCGCGAGGCCAGCAGACUGGACCCCAACCCUGACGUCAGGAGCCACCUGGCGGAGGCUGCUGCCCUGUACGGCCUUGUGGAUGAGCAGCUUCACGUCCUGGUCACCGCCUCCAACCACCUCCUGGGGAGGCUGGAGCUCCGCGUCCGCCUGGGCCACCUGGAAGCCGCCAUCCUCCAGGUCAGCAACUGGAUGGAGCAGGAAGGCAGCCAGUGCCUGCAAGCGCUUGCCCCCAAGGACGGAGGCCUGGAGACGGUGGAGAGGGCCCACGCGGAGUUUGAGGACUUCUUCCUUCAGGCUGCAGCGCAGUACCGCCGAGGCCUGGAGCUGUCCAAGCAGGCGGCCCAGCUGGGAGUGGCGGCCGGAGCGGCUGGUGAGGCCGGAGGGACAGAGUCCCCAGAGCUGGUGGCCUUCGCCCGCACCCAGCGGGCCUUCCAGGCAAAGCUGACCCACUUCUACAUGGCGGCCGAGAGGCAGCGCACGGACCUCGAGACCUUGCUCCACCUGCACCGCUUCUGCAAGAAGGCGCUGCCCCUCUCUGGUCUGAAUUUUCAUCUGUGCAGUAAGGGAUCAGGCAAGAUGGUCUCUGAAUCCCUGUCCACGUCUGUCCAGGUUGGCUGGGAAUGUGGAGUCCCAGACAGACAGGACAGCCCGGUGCCUCGCUGGACCCCAGGUGGGGCAUCGUGUGCACUGGGCAGCUUUGGCACUGAGUGGUAAUAACAUGAUGGCGGCACUAAGGGAGAUUUAUGCAGCCCUUUCCUGACCGUAAGCUCCAUGGGCUGCCACAAAAAUGAAGCCAUUUAUCUGAAGACAAGUUCCCUUAAUCUGGGGAAGAUGGUCUCAGUGGAGAAACGCCUCCCGGCCCUGCAGCCCAGAGGCUCGCUGACGGCUCCGGGUUAAUGGAGAGAGAGAUUAGGUUCCUCAUGAGCUGCUGGGGACGGAGGCUCCUUGCAGCCUGCAGACGUUUUGUGGGAGGCCCCUGGGGCCUGACCAUCCACCCGGCCCGGUCAGUCUGUUUCUGCCCAGCGUGCUGCUUGGAGGAUGCUCUGGGAGGCAGGAGGAUGGGAGGUGGAACCCCAGCUCCUCCCUGCGGGCUCUGAGACUCGGGGCAAGUCAUUUCACUGUUUGAGGGCCUCAGUUUCCCUCUCUGUAAAAUGGGUUGCUGAUCCAAUUCAGUGUGAUCCUCCAAGAGACCCAGAGAGCCUGGCAAACAGUCGGCACUCAAACACUCCUCCCUCGGCACCACCUGCAGGAGUCCAUCCACCUGAGGAGCCAUAUCUUCAGCUCUUAAAAGACUUCCUGGCUGUCUGGUACAGCUCCCACUUUACAGGAGAAGAUGAGCCCUGAAGAGAAGUCAGUGCUGCUGGCCCCGUGGUCAAUUAGAGGGUGGCUGAGGAGCCAGGCAAGGUGGCACACGCCUGUGAUCCCAGUGACUCAGGAGACUGAGGCAGGAGGAUUGCAAGUUUGAGGCCAGCCUCACCAACUUAGACCCUAAGCAGCUUAGUGAGACCCUGUCUCAAAAAAUAAACAAAUAAAUUAAAAAAAUGAAAGGGCUGAGGACAUAGCUCAGUGGCUAAACACCAGUAGCUAUCACUGGUACCAAGAUAAAAAAGGUGUCUGAAGAGCCCAGGGGUGCUAGAGGCUGCUUCCAGGUAGCAGUGGGCAGAGCUCGGGAGGAAAGGGGGAAGGGAAGCCAUUGUGAUUGUGCACGGGGAAAAUGGCCUCCAAGCUGGGCAAGCCCGAGCAUCCGCUGGGCUGAUUAAUCCAAUCCAGCAACACUCAGCCUGGAGCCCCGGCUCAGAGAGGCUCGCCCUCCUGUCCUCAUGCGGUCUCCCUCCCUCCCUUGC